AUCACAAUGCUUUGGUCCCCUGUGGUCCCCACACCACCUUGGAAUCUGCCUCGGAGGCCCUCAGAUUCCACUGCAGACCUUAUCCCUCCACAAGAACAGCAUUUGGAUCACUCCAUGACACCAGAACAUGGCCGGGUUUCUGUAGAGGCUGUGCCUACAUCCCUUCUGAGGGAGAUUCUUAUCCAGUUGACUACUAUCCGAGAGCAGCAAAUGCUCAUUUUGGUUCAACUCCAGUCACACUCCACCGGUCGUCCAGUUUCUGAAGCUCUGCCUGAUGCGUCACACUGUCGACUGCCACUUUCUUCCCAGGAAGACCUUCAGAAUCUGGAGGUCCUCUUGAAGAACCCCAAAGAGAAAAGAAAUUUGACAGUACAUCUGGGAAUUGUGGGGGGAUUGACUGUGAAGGAGACCGUUUGGCGCAUAAUGAAGAGGACAGUAACCACAUCUCUGGCGAAAGGACUGAACUGGAGUGGCGCGAAUGGCAAGCCAGCAUUCAAAAACUUGGCUUUGAAGCUUGUUGUUCUGGAUGCUGUCAGAAGAAAUGUGUUGACAAAAGAUGCUUCAGACAAACAAAUUGAACAGUUGAUCACCCGCUGGCUCCAGCUAGCAGCGGAUAGAGAUGGAGGAAGGAGUCAAAGGGCUCAAAGGGGUCGUCAGGCUUCCUAAAGGCAUCGUGUUUGUUACACAUUUUUAGUGCGUGUGCGUGUGGUGGUUUGUGUGCGUGUGGUGGUUUGUGUGCGCGUGAUUUUUAGUUUAUUCACAUGAAUGGAAAUGUUUUUUGAAGUUUCCAUUUGAUAUCUUUUAGUUUGAAAUUUUACCCUAUUAACCUGUAGUAUCUCCCAAUGGCAAA